AUGUCCAAAUAUGAUCCAAAUUUCAUGAAAGAAGCCUUAAUUGUGGCUCAAGAGGCUUAUGACAACCUGGAAGUUCCUGUCGGCUGUGUUUUUGUGUUGGAUAAUAAAGAGAUUAUUGCAAGAGGCAGUAAUAAGCCUAAUGCCACAUAUAAUGCUACAAGGCAUGCUGAAUUUGAAGCCAUUGAUGAUAUCUUGAAACAAUAUGACGUGGAGACUUUCAGCAGGAUUGAUUUAUAUGUUACAGUAGAACCAUGUGUAAUGUGCGCAUCGGCACUUCGACAAGUUGGUAUUCGACAUGUAUAUUAUGGUUGUGGGAAUGACAAGUUUGGGGGCAAUGGAUCUGUCUUCAAGAUCAAUUCAGAGUAA